CAACCGGAUGUAAACCCAUUUCGUUUCCGGUAUGUAUUGGGCACUGCACGUCACGAGUCAACAUUUAGCUAGCUGGCUUUUGUGCUUUUCCUCCCGCUAAACGUAAAAGGGUGGAACCUUUUUGCUUAAAAGGACAGCAGCCGAGUAAAAGCCAAGCUCUUGUGAGAAGGAACCGCCCAGGAGGACAUUAGGACGUCACUGAAGAUGUUUGGGAUCAAUCACCUCGCCUCACGACGUCUGCACAUCCCUGUCAAAACAAGAGUAGAUACUUCCUUCCCACUGACCAGGCACAAAGACCGUCUCUCCGGGUCUCUGCAGGAUCUCCAGCGGUCUGAACUCUGGAGGCCAGCUGGGCUGCUGCGUGCGUGGGUAAACCACAUUGAACCAGGUGAUCGCCUCAUCCUGCUGAUUGCCUCCGUCUUCUCGGGUCACCUUGAUAAGCUCUCUGGGCGUGUUGGUGGGGAACAGGCACCACCUCUUAUGACCCUGGAUCAGCGCAUUCCAGGCGCUGGUUCCCAGUGGAUCGAUAUGGAUGCCUGUCCCAGAGCGGGCAGGGCCCAUCACGAACCACCUGAAAACAACAAACGGAGCUGAGGGAUCCUGAACACAACCCCCCCCCCCCCCCCCAACUCAGUCAUCGGUCCCUGCCAUCAGUUACCAAUCACCAAAUUCGAUGGAGACAUGUAGCAAGUUCCUGUGUUCAGAAACAAAGGAAGUUAGCCAUUUUUGACCCAAACCAUUUGACUCCUUGAGAUUUGGAGUAAAUCAGAUACCAGACAGAUGAUGAGGAUUGUUAGGAAUUUUAUUGUACGCUGUAGAACGUGGGCGGGGCAUGGCGACAAACUUAGAUGGUCAGUCUGACAACUGGCCACAAAAAGGUCAAGGUUAACUCCACAAGGUCACAUUUUGAUCUUCAUUGCUGUGAAUGAUGAAGAUGCCGAGAGCCGAGUUGUGUGCGGGUGUAAUUACGUUGUGCUUAUCUGCGUGGUUCUUUGUGUUGUCAUGCAUGUUUCACCACAGCUUACAUAUGAAUGCAGAUAUUGUUUAGGAAUAUUACGUUGUGCUUAUCUGCGUGGUUCUUUGUGUUGUCAUGCAUGUUUCACCACAGCUUACAUAUGAAUGCAGAUAUUGUUUAGGAAUAUUACGUUGUGCUUAUCUGCGUGGUUCUUUGUGUUGUCAUGCAUGUUUCACCACAGCUUACAUAUGAAUGCAGAUAUUGUUUAGGAAUUUUCCACAUCCACAAUAGUUCUUGUUGCUUUUUCCUAUUGAAUAAAGUCCAAAAAACAACAUCAAUAAUAAAAACGGACACUUGCCUGUACGGUGGGCGGCGCUUUUCUCCGGCAAACUGGAAGAGGUCAUCAGUGAAGAAGACGGGCACCUGGUAGUCCUGAAGCAGCUUCCUGCGCUUGGCGUGCUCGCCGUAGCUGCUGUCGAAGAUGUAGAGCGGGCUGUCGUCCCGAGUGCUCUCCAGGCGCUCCAGAGUCCACUUUUCCCGUGCGGGCCAAGACUCCUGACAGCGGAGCAAAACAACCGGCUUGUAGGGUUUCUCGAAGUGCUGGAUGAAGUCUUCAGGGCUCAGACGUAAGGCAUCCACUCGUUCAACAUUGUCCUGCGGUGACACCAAAUCAUUUCAGAUUUCUUUCCCGGGGGAGGAACGGGCAUUUCAUACCUUCAACUCGCAUUCGGCGUUUUACGUAGCCUACGCUCUGUGCGCUAUUUCCAACUAGUUUGGUUGACGUGUAGCAUCCUGCCCACACGUCAAAGUCAAUAGAAGAUCGUGGAAGCAUGUGUUGCAAUGCCGCAUUCCACACUGCCGGGAUGCAGUAAAUAUUCCACUCGGAUUUAUCGGAACUAUAUUAAAUUCCCUACACAAAUACAAUGAUGGCAGUGUUGCAUCUUCAGAUUGUGAUAAGAUUUCGUCGAACCGAUAAAUAAGUGUAGUUUAUGACUUAUGAUUGCGAGCGCCGCCAUUAGUGUGUGACGUCACAUUUUAUUCUCAAGUAGAAAUUGCGGCUUUGAGCGGCGUCCCAGUGCCCAGUCCCUUGUCCGGAGACAAGUUAGCCGCGGCUAGCUAAUGUUAGCUUAGCCUAACGUGCUACAUUGACAGUUACCUUUACGGUGCUGUGUGACAAGUCGAAGGUGUCAUGGUAACCGUGCUUUAUCCAGUCUACCGAGUCCUUUAACUCGGGUCUGGCGCUCCUCUUGGCCUCUUUAAUCCUCUUCUUACUCUUGUGAUUCAUUCCUUUCCUCGGCUUUGCAACUAAUAAAAAUAGGAGCUAAAGUUAUGUCCUCGCAUUCGCUUCUCACCGGUUCUAAUGGGCGGUUCUAACUCAUGGCUUGCCAAAGCAUCGAAGCUUGUCGAAUAUGUUUCUAUGUCAACUGUAAUGAAACGUAGUAGUAGUUUGUAUGCGUCCUAGAACCCAGUUGUGUUGAGGAGAAGCUAGUUAGCAGCAGGUGACACAAGGUUUUUGCAACUGGUUGUCACGCCUCGUCCACGCCCCUACAGCAGUUACUGCAAUCCCAUUGGCCAAGACGACAGCCAAGCAACGUCUGCCGAUUGGUCCUGGAUGUACAGUACGGCAUGUACGUGUGGCCCAGUGCCGUAGUGUUGGCUCAGUACGUCUGGACCCAAAGACUGGACCUGAAGGACAAAGUGGUGCUGGAGCUGGGUGCAGGUGUCAGUCUUCCAGGCGUGGUGGCAGCCAAGUGUGGUGCCAAGGUCAUCCUUUCUGACAAUGCCAACACGCCGCUCUGUCAGCACAACUCCAAACGCAGCUGUGAUGCCAACGGCCUGCAUGACGUGGUCACGCUGCCUCUUACCUGGGGGGAAAUCUCAGCAGACCUGGUCCUGCUUCCACCCCUCCAAGUCAUCUUGGGAUCUGAUCUUUUCUACGAUCCUGAGGAUUUUGAAGACAUCCUGGUCACGGUUGCUUUUCUUUUGCGAAAGAACCCCAGUGCUCAGUUUUGGACAACAUAUCAAGAACGAAGUGCUGAUUGGACCAUUGAAGGGUUGCUGCGCAAGUGGAAGAUGACGUGUGUCAACAUUGGUUUGGAAUCAUUUCAUGCCAACAAAUGUGAGCUGGCGGGAUCCAGUCUUCCAGGCAGCCACAGCGUUCAGAUGAUGAAGAUGAUGCUGAGGACCGAAGAGGACAUGUGAAACAGGGCAACUUUCCUUGUUUCCUGCUUGGAUGGACAGCACCAUCAGACCAUCCUCUGGAUGCUGCUUUGAGUUGAAACUUUUCUCUUUUAUCUCUUCUAUCGGGGUUCCAAUUCAUCCCCGCACGGCCCCAGCGGGGACAACCGGACGCCCCAAAAUGAGGCUUUAAUGGUGCUUGUGUUUAGAUACUAUUAAGGGGUUAGUGGUUCUUGUAGAGUUGGGGCACCAUGGGAAGAUUCCAGUCAGAUCACGGACACGUCAUACUUGACAAGUGGGAUCAAAGUUGGCGAACUGCUGUGGUGCUUUUCCUAAAUGGUGCCUUCAGGUGCAUCACGUAACACCUGGGACAUGAGUUGCCGUUGCACUCAAGCACACUUGUAAAUGACAGCAAACAGCCGCCCAUGCAGCCCAAAGAGAUGCCCGAGCGGGGAAUCAGUCUUCAUGAUUCACACUGUUUUCAUAUUGUUUAGUAUUGGCAUUGGAAAAACUGAAUUUAACAAGAAAACAAAACAAUCAACAGUGAUUUACGAAUUUGACAAGAAUAAAAAGAAAAUUGGAACAGAACAA